UCUCUCUCUGCUGUGUCUGUCCUGGCUGAAAAGCUUUUCUCCAACAUCUGCACACGCGUUCGCGGGUGCCAGCACCGCCUUUCCAGGAGCUCUGCAGAGGCACCCAUCGCUUUGCGCGGCCGAGCCUGUGGCAGAGAGGGCCUUGUCCUGCCAGCACCUGCCCUGAGCCAUGGUGAAGUACGGCCUCGACUACACGCGCUGCAGAUGGAUCCUACCCCUGCUCCUGGGCAUUGGGGUCAUCUUCGGCAUCAUCGCGCUGGCGGGCUGGGGCUGGCUGGAGUCGCAGACCUUGCCCUAUGUGCUGCAAGCGUCGCUGUGGCAGAUCUGCAGGAGGCCUGAUCAGGGCGGGCAAUGGAGCUGCGAGUCCCUCAUGGGCUACGCCUGGGGAAGAGCUGCUGCUGCCACAUACCUGGUUGGCUUUUUACUUCUAGUCAUCUGUUUUGCACUGGCCAUAAUAGCAUUUGCCAUUGACACACUUCGGUUCAACUUCAUUCGUGGGAUCGGAGGCUUGCUUUUCGUGGCUGCUGUGUUCUCCAUCAUGGGCCUGGUCAUUUACCCAGUAAAGUUCUCAUCUGAAGUUGAAAUGACAGGAAUCAAUAUGUUCAGCUGGGCCUAUGGCUUUGGCUGGACCACCGCCAUUAUGGAAAUAUGCUUGGGAUUCUUCUUCUGCUGCCUUCCUAACUAUGAAGAUCAGAUCCUGGGUAAUGUCAAGCCCACAUAUUUUUACUCUUCCCCAUAAGCACAAGGAAAAAUGUGUUCAUAUUCCAGAGAUACCUGACAGACUAGCUACGUUUUUUGGAAUAUUGUCAUCAGAUGUUAGUAGAAAAGGCUGGAAACUUUUCUAAUGUGUGUAGAAAUAUAGCACUGGCAUCUGCAGUAAAAUUAUCUACUUUAUUCUGGACCUUCAUAUCUGAUGUGUGGUGGUCAGAUAAAGCACAAAUGUUAAAACCCCUUGGUUUUCCUCAUUCAUUCCAGUAAGUGGAGUUUAUGUGGAUUCCAUUGCAUUUAAAAUACAUUCACAAUUGUAAUUAAAUUUAGAAAAACUUAUUAAACUGUCAAUAAACAAAACAACGCAUAUCAUCUUCCUGAAGGAAAGAAACUCAGAAAAGUCACAUUUUUUAUGUAUCAUCUUUAACCUGAAGAUUUUGCACAAUUUUCAAAAAGUCAAAUACAUUUACCUACUGACUGCCAAAGUAGUAAAUUAGUCAGCCAGCACUUCAUAGUUUUGCUUCUAUUUUUCAUUCAUUCACUUAAGCCAUAAGG